AUGGCGUAUCAAGAGAUUGUUUCCAAGCAACGUGAGUAUUUUAUGAGUGGUGAAACGAUGAAAGUGGAAUAUCGCAAAAAACAGCUGAAAUUUUUGAAACUGAUGAUCGAACAUGAAAUGGAGGUGUUCGAGCAGGCGAUUUUUGAGGAUUUGAGAAGGGCUCCAAAGUUAUCCUAUAAUCUAGAAUUGAGCACUGCACUCGCUGAAAUAUCCUAUAUGCUCGACAAUUUGGAUGAAUGGUGCCGUCCGCAGAAGACUGAAAAAACGUUCGUCACAAUGCUGGACACUCCAAUGAUCGUUAAGGAACCAUUGGGUGUGGUACUUAUCAUUUCGCCAUGGAACUAUCCAGUACUUCUCAUUUUACAUCCACUCAUUGCUGCAAUUGCUGCUGGGAAUACAGUGGUGAUUAAACCCUCUGAAAUAUCGGCUCAUACGUCGAAAGCAGUCGCCGAUCUCAUCUCAAACUACUUCGAUCCGCAAUAUAUUACAGUCGUCGAAGGGGGUAUCGAUGAAACGAGCGAGCUGUUGAAAGAACAGUUUGAUUAUAUUUUCUAUACGGGUUGUACGUCAGUGGGAAAAGUGAUAAUGUCAGCAGCAUCGCAACAUCUUACACCAGUCACACUUGAACUCGGUGGAAAAAGUCCAGUGGUGGUCGACGAUAAUGUGGACUUAGAGGUGUGCGCUAGACGGAUCUCGUGGGGGAAGUGGAUGAAUUGCGGUCAAACUUGUAUCGCACCCGAUUACAUUCUCACAACAGACGCAAUGAAAAUGCCGUUAUUGAAAGCUUUCGAAAAAGUAUUGGGCGAAUUUUAUGGCUCGAAGAUACAACAAAAUAGCGAUUACAGUCGUAUCAUUAAUGAACGUCAUUUCGAUCGUUUGAAGAAACUCUUGGAUGAAUCAAAAUCGAUAGUUUUGCAUAAGAAUGGAGAAUUGGAUCGUAACGAUUUAUUCAUACCGCCGAUUAUAUUAGACUCGAAUGGGGAUGAUAUUAUAAUGCAAGAUGAGAUUUUCGGUCCAAUCCUUCCAAUAGUGACAGUGGAUGAUUUUGAUGGUGCGAUUAAAUUCAUUCGAUCACAUCCAAAACCGUUGGCGGCGUAUUUCUUCUCAAAGGCUAAACGCAAUAUUGAUCGAUUCAUCAACGAAGUCUCGUGUGGUGGUAUUACUAUUAAUGAUGUCUUCAUGCACAUCACGGUUGAUACGUUACCAUUUGGCGGCGUUGGACCGAGUGGUAUGGGUCGAUAUCACGGAAAAUUUGGAUUCGAUAGUUUUACGCACGAGAAAGCUGUUCUUAAGAAGAGUUUCUUCGGUGAAUCACUCCUAGCUAGCAGAUAUCCGCCGUAUACAGAUGAGAAGUUUGCUCUGAUGACUUCAUUAACGAAGCAGAGAAGAUCUAUUCCGAAAUUCAUUCGACGAUACGUUCCGAUGCUGUCGUACGUUGCGCUUGGUUUUUUGAUUGGUUUUGUUGUUGAGGUGUUUCAUGCACUGCACUAUCAAUCCUAUGUGUCUUCUCGUCGAGCUUUAACUGCGACCGGUGCUUGCAGCACAGGUGUGACGACGUGA